GUUGUCCCUUUCUCCUUAUUCCUCUUCCUACUAGACACAGUUCCUUUUUGUCAGACUCAUCAUGGCGGAUAAAGAAGCUACCGUGUACAUCGUGGACGUAGGGAGUUCCAUGGGCGAGCGCCAUCAGGGUCGCUCCGUCACAGAUCUCGAAUGGGGAAUGCAAUAUGUAUGGGAUCGGAUCACUGCGACGGUAGCUACUGGACGCAAGACGGCGAAUCUGGGGGUUCUCGGGCUACGAACCGAUGAUACUUCCAACGAGCUUUCUGAUGAUGUUCACUUUUCUCAUAUCUCAGUACUUUCAAAUAUCAAACAAUUUCUUAUGAGCGAUCUACGGAAGCUGGGCGAUGACAUCAAGCCCAGCACUACUGACAAAGGAGAUGCGAUCUCCGCGAUCAUCUUGGCUAUUCAAAUGAUCAUCACCCAUUGCAAGAAGCUGAAGUAUAAGCGGAAGAUCGUCUUGAUCACCAAUGGACGGGGCCGCAUGAACAGCGAAAACCUCGAAGACAUCACCAAGAAAAUCAAAGAGGAUAACAUCGAGCUUGUGAUUCUAGGAACCGAUUUCGACGACUCGGAAUAUGGAGUCAAGGAAGAAGACAAAGACCCAAGAAAGGCCGAAAACGAGAGCAUGUUGCGCAGCCUUGCUGAAGAUUGCGAUGGUGUCUGUGGGACACUAGAUCAAGCUGUGUCUGAAUUGGAAAUUCCCCGAGUGAAAAGCGUCAGGGUGAUGGCCAACUUCAAAGGUUUUCUUCAACUUGGGGACUCGGAAGAAUACGACAGCGCAGUCCGCAUUCCGGUAGAGCGCUACUAUAGGACAUACGCGGCUAAGCCGCCGUCUGCAAGUUCCUUUGUCCUGCGUUCGGGCCUAGGUUCACAACAGGAUCAGCCCGAGUCUCAUACAACCGCUGCUGCCUCGUCAGACACUCUAGGGGUAGAUGAGAGCUCGCUGACAUCUGUGAGGCCUCUGCGGACAUAUCAUGUUGCGGACGAAGAUGCCCCGGGUAAGAAGGUGGAUAUUGAGCGGGAAAACCUUGCCAAGGGUUACGAAUAUGGACGUACUGCAGUCCAUAUCAGUGAGACUGAUGAAAACAUCACGAUUCUCGAAACAUUCGCCGGAAUGGACCUGCUUGGAUUCAUCCAAAGCGAUCAAUACGAGCGCUACAUGCACAUGUCGACCAGCAAUAUUAUCAUCGCGCAGCGUGCAAACGACAAAGCAGAUCUUGCACUCUCAUCCUUCAUCCACUCCCUCUUCGAAUUGGAAUGCUAUGCCGUUGCCCGUCUAGUAUUAAAGGAGAAUAAACCGCCUAUUCUCGUUUUGCUAGCACCAUCAAUAGAGCCGGACUUUGAAUGUCUGCUCGAGGUUCAGCUGCCGUUCGCCGAGGACUAUCGAGCAUAUCGCUUCCCUCCUCUCGACAAGGUGGUCACGGUUUCCGGCAAAGUCGUGACUCAACACCGGAACCUUCCCAAUGAUGAUCUGCUGGAUGCCAUGGACAAAUAUGUGGACAGUAUGGAGCUUGUCGAUGUCGAUGAGGAUGGGGAGCCCGUGGAGACAUUCCCCAUCGACGACUCGUACUCCCCUGUCAUUCACCGGAUCGACGCCGCCAUCCGCUCGCGUGCCAUCAAACCGCACGAGCCCAUACCAGCACCAUCCAAACAACUGUUGAAGUUCUCUGAGCCACCAGAGAAUCUGGUCGAGAAAUCCCAGAACCAUCUCAACAAGCUCGUCGAGAUAGCAGACGUCAAGAAAGUCCCACCAAAGAUCAAAGGCCGCAAGCGCACCCGAGAAACCGAGAAGCCACUCUCUGGGCUCGACGUCGACGCCCUACUCCACCAAGAGAAACGCACCAAGAUCACCCCCAACAACGCCAUCCCAGAAUUCAAACAGAUCCUAGCCCAAGCCGAGGAUCUCGACACUAUCCGCGAGGCAGCGAAACAGCUAACGACGAUCAUCGAGAGUCAAAUCCGACAUAGCCUCGGCGACGCAAACUACGACCGUGUCAACGAAGGACUAGGCAUGAUGCGAGACGAGCUGAUUUCGUACGAGGAACCUACACUCUACAAUGAGUUCAUCCAGCAACUGAAAGAGAAGCUGCUGAAGGAAGAGCUCGGCGGUGACCGACGAGAGCUGUGGUGGCUUCUGCGGAAGAAUAAGCUGGGUCUGAUCGAUCAGCGCGAGUCUGACCAGUCCAAGGUGACAAGUGCAGAGGCCAAAGAUUUUCUGUCCGCAAAUUGAGUUAAUCUAAGGGGGUGGGGUACAGGGUAGCAACAACAGAUGAGAUACCACUAUGAACAAUGCCAAUUUUGAAGGAAUG